UAAAUAAAAAUAUAAUCCACAGUAUUAUUAGUAUGCAUUUUGAUUUUUGUGGCCAACAUGAUAAGGACACUCUUCUUUGGGUCGCACUUUAGGACCUGGAGGACAUAAACUAUGUCAAGGUAGUAAAACAAAGAUGGCGGACACAUGUUUGGUUAUUUAGGGAAGAAGAUCAGCUGAGUGAACGUUAACAAUCGGCCAUCACACCAGCAGCACUGAGAGCGGACUCAACCAAACUGCCUCUUGUCAUGUUUCUCUGAGAGGAUGCUGCAGCUGUGUCAGGUGACAAGCGCACUCUUCAUCAGUAACGCCCGCUCAGCCUGUAGCGCCGAGCUCAUCCGGCAAAAAGCGGUGACGCUUUGCAUAAACGUCACCAGGCAGCAGCCGUUCCCCAACUGCAGCGUCGCCAUCAUGCGUAUUCCGGUCUUGGACGAGCCCAGCGAGAACCUCUAUGUUCACUUUGACGCAUGUGCGGACGCCAUCCAGAAGGAGGCUCAACGUGGGGGAUGCAGCGUGGUCUACUGCAAGAACGGACGCAGCCGCUCAGCCGCUGUCUGCAUCGCAUAUCUGAUGAAGCAUCGGCGGGCAGCGCUGACGGACGCGCUGCAGGAAGUGAAAGCAGCCCGUCACGUGAUUGAGCCAAAUCUCGGCUUUCUGGCUCAGCUGCAGCGGUACGAAGAGGAGCUGAGGAGAAGACGAGAAUCCAAGUAAGCCCGGGGAAGCGUUCUUCCAAAUGCAUCAAUGAAGAUUUCCAAGAACGUGACAAAAAAAUAAAGCAAGCAAACAGG